CACAAAGGCGCCUCUACUCAAUAAACGGGACGGCCUGUUUAAACUACAUUUCCCACAACCUCCUUUCUUAACGGUUUGACAAGCGGCAGACGUUACUUGUCUUUCACAUUACAGUCUGCAGCUAAGUUGUUAGCGAAAGAUAGGUGCUGUCUGAGGCGAUAGGAUGGGUGUAUCAGACUUACAAAUAGAUACAAAUGCUGGACCUGUGGUGGAUCUUUCAGCCCGGGGUAUGCAAAAGCUGGAUCCUAGUUUCAUGUGCUCCGAUGACACUCACACUCUCAUCCUGGACCGUAACCACAUCAUGAAACUGGACCAUCUGGAAAGGAGCCCAGGCCUUCAGCAACUUUCUGUUGCCAGUAACCGUCUAGUAAGAAUGAUGGGCGUGUCUCGGCUAACAGAGUUGAGAGUCCUCAAUCUUCCCAACAACAGUAUUGGAUACAUCGAAGGGCUAAGAGAUCUGCCACAUCUGGAAUGGCUCAACCUGUCUGGGAACAAUAUUAAGGUCAUUGAGCAACUCAACAACUGUGUGUCCCUUAAACACCUGGAUCUGUCUGACAAUAACAUAUCUACCAUUGGUGAUCUGACUAAACUAGUGGCAUUAAAGACAAUUUUGCUCCAUGGAAACAGCAUUACAACACUCCGCACUGUUCCUGCUCACCUACCUGCCCAUUUAUCCAUCCUCUCCCUGGCAGAAAAUGAGAUAAGAGAUCUAAAUGAAGCGUCUUACUUGGCACCUCUCCAUGACCUGGAGCAGCUGUCUAUUAUGAGCAAUCCUUGUGUUAUGGCGACCCCCUCAUUACCAGGUUUUGAUUAUCGACCAUAUAUCAUGAGUUGGUGCCUGAGCCUUAAGGUCCUUGAUGGUUAUGUGGUGUCACAGAAAGAAGGUCUCAAAGCAGAGUGGCUCUACAGUCAAGGCAAAGGACGUUCAUAUCGACCAGGUCAGCAUGUUCAGCUGGUUCAGUACCUGGCCACUGUUUGCCCUCUGACGUCAUCACCGGCUCUGGAGACGGCAGAGGAUGCCAAACUUGAGAAGAUCCUCAAUAAGCAAAGGUUUCACCAAAGACAGCUGUUAGAGGAGGGCCAAGGAGGCUGUCAUAGUCCUCCUCGUCCAACUCAGCUAGAUGUGGAGAGUCACAGUCCCUCACAUGCCGUCCCACAGGGGGGAGCCAGAGACAUGAAUAAAAUCAGUGCAUCUGCACCAGCCACUGCUCCGGCAGUCCAGGAGACAGAGCCUGUCAGGCAGUUUAAUACCUGGAUGAGCCCCGAUUCCUCCCACCCAUCAUUGCCUGUGGUUCGCAGUCCAAGGCCAGGAGAGGAGCAUAUGUAUUUGGAGGAUGUGCAGACAGAUGAGGACAAACUCAACGGCAGCAUGCUCUCCUCAGCCUCCACCUUUCUGCCCUUCGUGUCUGAUCUGGAUCCACAGGCAACUCACUCUGACAGUGAAGACGAGACAGAGACAUUUGAACCCGACUCCCUGGCUCCAAAGCGGCCAGCACAGCACAAAAAGCACAACACAAACAAGACACAUCAUUCUCCCCCAGUGGAUAAACGAGAGAGGGGUCCUGAAGAGGAUACUAUUUCUGGUACUGCCACAACAGCUGGAACUCUAGAGGUCAGAGUUAGCACACCGCAAAAUGAUCUGGAAACGCCAUGUGACUUUGGUAAAGCAGAGAUGAAAGAAGCCCCCAAGCAGGAAGAAGUUGGGACGUGUGCCAGUAAAUCAAGUUUGAUGGAAGCAGACAAGGCAGCGGUUAAAAUACAGUCAUGGUGGAGGGGACAGCACACACGCUGUUGUCACCCCAUGGCCAGAGAGGUGCGCAGUGAAAUACGUCUGCGCAGGAUGCAAGAACACAUUGUCUUCCUGACUGAAAGGUUUGACAGGAUGCAGCAGCAGUAUGAAGAAGAGAGGUUACAAAGGCUGGUUCAGGAGGAAGCCGUUAAGUUUCUGUGGAAAGAGCUCCAGUCUAUGCAGCAAUGGAAACAAUCUGUGGAGCAGCAGCUGGCCUGCAUUACUCGGGCUGCUAUCCCUCCUCAGAUCUUGGCUCCUGGAUUAUGUGCAGCUGCCCCGCUUGUUGCAUCCAGCAAGACAAACCCACCCAGCACAGAUGUGUCUUUCCCAGACUCCGGCUUCCAGUCAAGUGAUCAGCAGGCAGUGCAGGAGGACAGCUUCCUGAGCAGCGGGACAGCAGACUCACUGAAGACAGUACGAGCACUGAGCCCUGUUCGUAUUGAUGGCGAGGACAGCGCAGACUGCAGCCUGUUGGAGCAGUACCUCUCCUCUGUGCAGCAGAGGGAGGAGGAGGCUGAGGAGGUGAUCAGUGACAGAACAGAAACGCCACAACCCUCCUCACCAACAUCACCCAGCAAAACAGCACAGUCCAACUCCCCCCAGCAGAAGGCAGCAGACAACCAAUCAGAAGUGCAAAGAAUGGAGGAAACCACUCCUGGCCCUGUUUGAGUAUCUAGACCUCAUAGACUGUAGAUCUGUACAGAACUACUUGCGUGUGAAUUAGCACUGUCUAUGGGCUUGAGUGCACUUAGCUUCUUUUGUUAAUUAAGACUGAGACUGACUAAGACAGGUUUGAAAACAAUACUUAACUGUGAAUGUACCUCAAGCUUUUUUUAUACUUAACUACACAGAUCUGUUCUGUCAUUCACUGGACAUGUUCCUUGCUGUGUAAAGACAAUGAUUGUGAUGUUGCUUCAGAAGUUAUACAUAACAAAAGCAAUCUUUUCAUGAUGAAACACACUUCUACUUAAGUCCUGGUUAUAACAUAUUCUCUUUAUCAAUAGCCACUAAUACAUGACACUACAUAAUACAUACAUGGUAUAAACUACUGUUAAUCAGAGUAGAAGUUGAUAUGUUAAGUGUAUUGCACUUGUAAUCUCUGAUAUAUACUCAUGAAACAACAAACAUACUAUCUAUUAUCUCAUAUAGUCGCAAUAGCUGAACUCUUUUUUUUAAUCAACUUUAGAUCACAUCACCUGGAAAUGUUGUAGCAGCUUAUCUUCUUAAAAAUGUAAAUAAAUCUGCAAUUAUUAUUUUCCA